CAUUUGAAGCCCCCAGUUAACUGAAAAGAAAGUUGAAGAGAGAAAUGUAAUUGGGUGAAACAGGGUACAGAGGCUCAGUGAGGUGUUAUUGUGUCAGCUGGAACCUGAGCAACAGAUAGAGGAGUCUUAUUUCAGAUCAGGUGGACAGUUCUCUGUGGCCUCAUUUGGAUUUUCAGACCUGGAGAGGAUGCAUCAAAAUUCAGCAACGGAUACAGCAACUACGACUUCAGGGUCUUGCAAGAUGCAGGGAAAUAUCUUAGUUCCCAAGCCGGAGAAUGCCAUCACCAUCGCUGUGUCGUCCCGAGUCCUCUUCAACAUGGAGAAGGAGCAACAGAUCUACCAACAGGAAGGAAUGGAGGAUUACAUCAAGUAUCAGGUGGAGCAUGAAACAGAGCCUUUCAGCCCCGGACCUGCCUUCUCCUUCGUCAAGGCUCUGGAAGCUGUGAACACUCGACUGAGGGAGCUGUACCCCGAGAGCGAGGAGCUCUUUGAUGUUGUGCUCAUGACCAACAACCACGCAUAUGUUGGCCUAAGACUGAUCAAUACCAUCAAUCAUCACCAGCUGUUCAUCGAGCGCUUCUGUAUGACUGGAGGAAACAGUCCCAUAGGCUACUUGAAGGCCUACCACACUAACCUUUACUUGUCUGCUGACCCAGGCAAGGUUCGAGAAGCUUUGGAGGAAGGUAUAGCAGCAGCCACCAUGUUCACCCCAGAGAAGAUAACAGAAGUGUCGGAGACUCAGCUGCGUGUCGCCUUUGAUGGCGAUGCCGUCCUCUUCUCUGAUGAGUCUGAGCGCAUUUACAAGGCCCAUGGACUGGACAAGUUCUUUGAGCAUGAGAAGGCCUACGAGAACAAGCCUCUGGACCAUGGGCCAUUGAAGGGCUUCCUGGAAGCUUUAGGAAAACUACAGAAGAAGUUUUAUGGCAAAGGCCAGCGCAUGGACUGUCCCAUCCGGACCUACCUGGUGACGGCUCGCAGUGCAGCCAGCUCUGGUACAAGAGCCUUAAAAACUCUGCGCUCGUGGGGUCUGGAGAUCGAUGAGGCUCUCUUUCUUGCAGGGGCACCCAAGGGGCCCAUGCUGGAGAAGAUCAGGCCGCAUAUUUUCUUUGAUGACCAGAUGUUUCAUGUGGAGGGGGCAGCGGAAAUGGGGACAGUGGCGUGCCAUGUGCCCUAUGGGAUAGCACAGAGAGUUACCAAGAAAGGAAUAAUGGACAAAGAGAUUUCUUCAGCAGCCGAGUAGCCUGGACGUCACGGUGCAGAAGGACAGGAGACUAAGGGGACGUUUCAUUUUGGCUUCCAGGAUGUUGUACCUACCGUAAAAUGUAGUCAUCAAUGCAAUGCAAUCAUAGUUCAUAAAGUUACACUAAUUAUAAUGAGGAAUCCUUUAUAAGUGAUUGUAAGUAAGAACUUUAUUAACUGAAGCUUUAUCGAUAAGUUAUAAGCCACUAAUUAGAAUAAUGUUUGAGGUGCCAGUUUGCAUUUAGUAAUGGAUCACUAACCAAUGUUUAAAACAUCAUUAUUAAUAAAGAGAAAGGUUAAACAUCAGCCAUAGUUACAACUUACAAAUCCUUUAUAAAGAUUACCUUAUGAAAAGGUGGAACUCUGAGCUGUCUGUGUUCAGAAUUUCCAUUUGCAGUAAGAUAUUUACCUCGCACUCCAGCAGCAUCCUGUAUUAUGUUCAGCACUGAAAUAUUUUUACCCACGUUUACCCAAAAAAAGUUUAAUCAUACAAAUUCUAAACAUUAUUUAUUUAGAUGCCAGGUUGCUGGGGAAACAACACCUGUAUUUCACAGCUGCACUGAAGACACGUAGCCAGACACUUUCUACACGUUUAUCACUUUACUGCUUGUUCUGUGUGUUUUUUAAAACUGGUGCCUUUUUCUCACUGUUGUUUUACAGAUGUCAGUCUUGCAUGUUGGUAAAUGUACAUUGUACAUAUGGUUGUUUGAUCAGUGUAUAUGAAUGUAUCUUAAGUAUGAAAAUUAAAAAUAUGGGUAAAAGAGAAGUAUUUUACUUUCUAUUUAUUUAAUAUUUCUUUUUGUUCAAGACAAUGAAGAAAGAAAAAAAGAAAAAGGUUUUUAACAUCUUUAGCAUUUAUU